AACAGGAAGAACGCGUUUACAAGGAAAUAACAGUCAAAUGAAUCAGAGAGGAGCGACAUGUCUAGGUUGAACGGUCCGAUAACGAACCGCUUGGCCAAAUGGAUAACAUAACGGGCUCCGUUAAUCAAAUGUAGGCAACGUACGCGUCCCAGCAGCUCAAUUACUCCCGUUUCAGCAAGGAAUUUCCUUGUCGUAUGAUGGAAAGGGCGAUGGAGCAGCUAAACGUGCAGCUGAACCGGCUGACGCGCUCUCUGCGCCGCGCCCGGACAGUGGAGCUCCCCGACGACAAUGAGACAGCUGUCUACACACUCAUGCCUAUGGUGAUGGCUGACCAACACAGAUCAGUCUCAGAAUUGCUCUUGAACUCCAAGUUUGAUGUCAACUAUGCAUUUGGACGUGUAAAAAGAAGCCUUCUUCAUAUUGCUGCCAACUGUGGGUCAGUGGAGUGUUUGGUCCUGCUGCUGAAGCGAGGAGCAAACCCCAACUACCAAGACAUUUCUGGAUGUACUCCACUCCAUCUGGCAGCAAGAAAUGGACAGAAGAAGUGUAUGGGUAGACUAUUGGAAUACAAUGCGGAUGUCAAUAUCUGCAACAAUGAAGGCCUGACUGCUAUUCACUGGCUGGCAGUGAAUGGGAGAACAGAGCUGCUUCAUGACUUGUUGCAGCAUGUGUCCAAUGUGGAUGUGGAGGAUGCUAUGGGUCAGACAGCCUUACAUGUGGCCUGUCAGAACGGACACAAGACUACAGUGUUGUGCCUUCUGGACAGUGGAGCAGACAUUAACAGGCCCAACGUCUCUGGAGCAACACCUCUCUACUUUGCUUGCAGCCAUGGCCAGAGGGACACAGCCCAAAUCCUGCUCCUCAGGGGUGCCAAAUACUUGCCAGACAAGAAUGGAAUCACGCCACUUGACCUUUGCGUGCAGGUGAGUAGCAUAUACAGUGUACACAGACACAGAUAUAGGUUUUUACACACAAUCUCAUCAUCCUCUGCCCCUAUUAAGGGUGGUUAUGGAGAGACAUGUGAGAUUCUGAUUCAGCAUCACGGGAGGCUUUUCCAGACCCUUAUUCAGAUGACUCAAAAUGAUGACAUAAAGGAGAACAUGCUCAGGCAGGUUCUUGAGCAUGUAUCUCAGCAAAGUGACUCCAGUUAUCAGAGAAUCCUCACCAGCCUGGCUGAGGUGGCCACCACCAAUGGACACAAGCUGCUCAGUUUGUCUAGUAAUUAUGAGGCCCAGAUGAAAAGCCUGCUGAGAAUCGUGCGGAUCUUCUGCCACGUGUUUCGCCUCGGUCCAUCAUCCCCUAACAAUGGGAUUGACAUGGGAUACAAUGGGAACAAAACCCCACGCAGUCAGGUCUUCAAGCCUCUGGAGCUGCUGUGGCACUCUCUGGAUGAGUGGCUGGUGCUCAUCUCCACAGAGCUGGACAGGAAGUGUGGAGACACCGCCUCCUCUUCUCCGGGUAGUGAAAUUGCCUCACUGCUUCUGAAGCAAAGGGAGACUGACCCCUCUGUUUCCACGGAAACCCCUGCCCUGCUGCCCCCCUCGCUGGACCCUGAGGUUGUCAUGAAGACGCCGGAGGCUUAUGUGGAUGGUCAGGAUGUCAUCUCUAUGACCGCCAAUCGUCUGAGUGCUGUAAUCCAAGCCUUCUACAUGUGCUGCUCAUGUCAGAUGCCACAGGGCAUGACGUCCCCUCGGUUCAUUGAGUUUGUGUGUAAACAUGAUGAGGUGCUCAAGUGUUUUGUCACCAGGAACCCCAAGAUCAUCUUUAACCACUUCCAUUUCCUGCUGGAGUGUCCUGAGCUCAUGUCUCGCUUCAUGCACAUUAUCAAAGGCCAGCCCUUUAAGGACAGGUGUGAGUGGUUCUACGAGCAUCUUCUAGCCGGGCAGCCUGACUCGGAUAUGGUCCAUCGGCCGGUUAAUGAGAACGACAUCCUACUGAUUCACAGAGAGUCUAUAUUCCGCAGCAGCUGUGAGGUUGUGUCCAAGUCUGCCAAUGAGAAGCUCAAGCAGGGCAUCGCUGUGCGUUUCCAUGGUGAAGAGGGAAUGGGUCAGGGGGUGGUUAGAGAGUGGUUUGACAUUCUCUCUAAUGAGAUCAUCAAUCCAGACUAUGCUCUUUUCACACAAUCAGCAGAUGGCACUACAUUUCAACCCAACAGUAACUCCUCUGUCAACCCAGACCAUCUGAACUAUUUCCGAUUUGCUGGUCAAAUCCUUGGACUGGCUUUGUAUCACCGCCAGCUGGUCAACAUUUACUUCACCCGCUCCUUCUAUAAGCACAUAUUGGGUAUCCCAGUGAAUUACCAGGACGUGUCCUCCAUUGAUCCAGAGUAUGCCAAGAACCUGCAGUGGAUACUGGACAAUGACAUCAGUGACCUGGGCCUGGAGCUCACUUUUUCUGUAGAGACAGAUGUGUUUGGAGCCAUGGAAGAGGUUCCUCUCAAGCCUGGAGGAACCAGCAUUCAGGUCACCCAAGAAAACAAGGCGGAGUACGUGCAGCUGGUAACAGAGUUGAGGAUGACUCGUGCCAUUCAGCCUCAGAUCAACGCUUUCCUGCAGGGCUUCCACACCUUCAUCCCUCCCUCACUCAUCCAGCUCUUUGAUGAGUACGAGCUGGAGCUGCUGCUGUCUGGCAUGCCGGAGAUUGAUGUGAUGGACUGGAAGAGAAACACAGAGUACACCAGUGGCUAUGAUACAGAGGAGCCAGUCAUCCAGUGGUUCUGGGAAGUAGUAGAGAGUCUCACUCAAGAGGAGAGGGUUCUUCUACUACAGUUUGUUACCGGAAGCUCCCGUGUUCCACACGGUGGAUUUGCUUUUCUCAUGGGGGGCAGCGGCCUACAGAAGUUUACCAUCGCUGCUGUGCCCUACACAUCCAACUUAUUGCCUACCUCUAGUACCUGUAUCAACAUGCUGAAACUCCCCGAAUACCCCAGCAAGGACGUCCUGCGCGACCGACUGCUCGUUGCACUGCAUUGUGGGAGUUAUGGUUACACUAUGGCAUGAUGCUGGCCCAUCUGUUUUUUGCUGUGACGCCUGUUACAUAGACACACACACAAACACACAUGCCCACACACGUGAGUGUGUGUUGACCUAACUUCAGGGAUAUCUUCACACUCCUCUGACUUACUCAAAAGCCUUCGUUUGACUAUAUGGCAUUAUUUUAGAUACGCAAAUACAAAAGACUAAGGGCAAACAUGAAAAGUGGAUUAAUACUUAACGCUAAAAAUCAGUGUGCCAGUGACUCCAAUCUCUACUGCCAGUGUUAUGUGUCAAAGGUUUCUUUACUUUACUAAGUUGUAUUCCAAGAUAUAUGCUGUGUUUUAUUUAUACAUGCUGUUUACUCUGCUGUGUUAGACCUGUAAGACAUGUUUGUGUGUGCGCACACGCUCAUAUAUUACAGUGUUACCGUUCUAAGAGAGUGCGAAACAUGGCUGGAAAUAAUGUAGUCAUUUUAGAACAAGGAGUAUGUCAGGCAGCAUGACAGUGCUGGUUUCUCGUAUACAUAUGUACCCUCUUCUCCUGUGCGCUGGCAACGAGCCUUGAAAAAUAAUCUAGAACCUCCCUACUUGUGUCAUGUCUGCUGUGCUAUAGCCUUUGUACUGUCAUUUGUUCAUAUCAUUCAAUAUGUAGGGUUUUUUUUCCCCAAUUGUCAUGUGAAACUGAGAGAACAAAUUGGAUCAAUGGUGCCAAAAACUCCUUGUGAAUGCAAGUCUACAGAUUCUGUUUUCUUGACAAGGUUUUUGUAAAAAAGGGACAAUGUCAUAUCAUUUUAUGAAUGUAGAAAUUGUGUCCUUUGUAGGACUUACAUUUUAAGUGAAUCCUGUCAUAUGUAAAUGUGGAUAUAGGUUUAUAUUUCUUAAAAUGGAUCGCUUUAAUUUGGUUGUAUAUUUUUUUUGUUCUCAUUGGUAAACAGACUGCUAAUUGUAUACAUAAUCUUUAAGGACCUUUGGGAAGAUGAUUUCAAAUAUUGAAGUAUGUAUUUUACUACUUUCAGAGUUUUAUUUCAUUGAUUGUGUGAGUGUAUGAGUGCUUCGGACAGUUAUACCCUGUAUAAGGGUAAUGGGUCACAGACGUGGGGCUGUUCAUACGGAAGUGUGCACUAAAUUGCAGUUGGGCUGCUGUCAGCUAAGCCUUUCAUGCCCGGCAAGCCUGCACUGGUAGAUGGUGUACUUAGCAUGUUAUAUACUGCAGGAAUCAAUCAUCAGAGCUGCCUUAUCGCUCUCAUGUAUCAUGCGUUGUAGUGUUCUGUUUAAGGUCAUGGUCAUGAAUGUUAUGAGUGACUAUUACAGCCCAAAGCUGGCUGCUGUUUCUCUCUCUAAGGACUGGCCAACUUGCCAAAAGCUGAAAAAUAGAACAAAUUAAUAAAUAAUAAAUAAAUGAGUAAAUAGUGACACAUUACAAUUUAAUGUGCCACUAUUUAAAUUUUUAAUAUAUAAAAAAUUUUACUUGAACUGAAAAUAGGAUAUAUGUAACACGCCCAUAUUUUUUUCUCCACAUUUAAAACAUUUUUCUCCAUUUUGUUUAUUUUCAAAAUUAUGAAAUUGGUUUUAAUAAACAGGCUUUAUUUUAA